AAUUACAAUGAGAAACACGUACGUAACUCCACGAAAAUAUCAAACUUCAGACAGAAAAAUUGUGACGAUAGUAGUCACUCCAGUUAAUAGUUUACAGCUCUGUUUAAUAUGGAAUGUGAUAAAACACACGUUAAUCAAAUGUUCGGCGGUCUGGAGAACGUCAUUUACACUGUGGAAUCUUAUGACAUAACUAACACUAACCCAGAGGAAAUAGAUGACGUAGGAAGACCACAUGGUAUUGGUAGAAAGAAUAAAACGCGGUUUCAGUUUUUGUUAAAUCCUAAAUUCCUUUUAUUUACCAUUUCGGUUUUAAUAGUUAUACAAGGAAUGUUUUUCAGCUACUUUGUUGGCAUUGUAUACACCUUAGAGAAACGAUACGCUGUUUACAGUACAAUCAGUGGUUUUAUCCUCAUUGCUGGUGAACUAAGUCCAAUUUUGCUGGGUGGAAUAAUAGGCUACUUCUCGCAGAAGAGUCAUCGACCAAGAAUAAUAGGAUUAUGUAUGGUUGUUUCUGCUAUAGGGUGUUUUGUCUGUACACUUCCAUAUUUUAUACAUGGUCCAGGGCUUCAUCUUCUGAUAUCUUCGAUCGACAAAAACAGCACGUAUGAUCUUUGUGGAGUUAAUAAAAGAGAAGAUUAUUACUGUUCUUCAAAAACAUAUCAGUCCACAGCUUUAAAGUUAGAAGUUAUCAUACUGUUUCUCGGGAGUAUGUUAAAAGGAGUUGGAUAUAUUGGUACCUUUAUCAUAGGAAUACCCUUGGUAGAUGACAACGCCAAGAAGAAGGACUCCCCAGUAUAUAUAGGAGUGACCCUCGCAUGCAAACUUCUUGGUCCUGCUUUGGGUUUCAUGCUAGCCUCCUUUUGCAUCAAGUUUUACGAAGAUCCUGGAUACAUGGCCAAAACAUUCAGACAAAUAGCUCUUAACCCCAUUCUUGUAUGUCAUACCUUUGGUAUCACCCUACGAUUAGUUAGCGUUAUUGGUUAUAUGACACUCAUGUCUAAAUAUAUGGAGGUCCAAUUUCAUCAAACAGCGUCUGGAGCAAGUUUCUUCUCCGGUUUGACCAUCGUGUUGUCGAUGGUGCUGGGAAUAUUAGCUGGGAGUGUGGUGAUUCGCAAGGUCAGACCUCAACCACGCAGUCUUCUGGCCUACAUACUCUCUACAGAAACCUUAAGCCUCGUGCUCUUACUGAUAGUCAUGUUUAUUUCUUGUGCCCCUCCUAAGAUUGCUGGACUGACGAAAUCUCGUGAAAGGAUUGAACUGAAUCAACCUUGUAACGAUCACUGCAAUUGUUCCACCCGAGUGUUCCAUCCAGUGUGUGGUUAUGACGUUGAAUCAACCGAACAAAUUACCUUCUUCUCUCCGUGUUUUGCUGGAUGUCAAUCCAUCAAUCUGAGCUCUAAAAUAUUGUUUCAAGAAGCUCAAUCUUACUCCAGCUGUAGUUGUCUUGAGACUAAUUCUGAAGUAACAUCUGAUGAAACGGCAACUACAGGUUAUUGUGAGUCUUACUGUAACAUGUUUGUACCAUAUAUCGUUUUAUGUGCGUUGGGGAAAAUUAUCUACUCUACAGGAAGUGCGGGAAAUCAGCUUGUUCCGUUAAGGUGUGUGGAUCCAAAAGACAAAGGUGUAGCGCUGGGACUGAAAGGAGCUGUUGUUUCUCUCUUCGCUUUUUUACCUGCACCAGUGAUCUUUGGAUUUCUCGCAGACGAUGCAUGCACGGUCUGGGAGGAGGAAUGUGGAUCACGUGGAAACUGCUGGUUGUAUGACCUUGACAAGUUUCGUUAUAACCUUCACGGUGCUUCCUUUGGGUUCUUCCUGGCGGGCAGUCUUUUUGAUCUUGGUGUGUUUCUUUUAGCACCACGAAUGAAGGAUUUAUACGAUGACGAAAAGGACAAGAUGGAGACAAUUUUCUAAUUACUUUGUGUUUCUAACCGGGCUC